AUGCACGUAGACGAGGGAAAGUUUGAAGGAUGUCUUUCGUUCGACUUGAUUUCAGAGGGCCAAACCGAAGUAACCAAUGUGGUACCCGAUGAAAUCGAGUUUCUAAGGGCGAACUAUGAUGACAUUCACAUUGUGGAGCGCGAAGGAUUCCACCCAGUCGUCCUGCUUACCAUUGAUUCGUCAACGCAACCCACACGGCGUGUGGUGUUGGAAGUUAGCAUCGUUGGUGGAUACCCCUUCGUGGCACCGAGGGUCCGUAUUCUCUUUCCCCACCAAGCAGCAGUAGGUCUUGAUGGCGUACUAAGUGAGGCGGAGAUUGGACAACUCCAAACGGACAUCAGAGAUGCCAUAAGUCCUUGUCUUCUUGCCGGGGCUCCCUGCAUUAUGCAGAUCAUAUCAGUUGUGCAGCGAGUGAUAUCUACUGAGGAUAGCCACCCACAAACCCAAGCGACGGUGGAAAUUGAAAAUGCUAAGGCACCCGCGGGAGCGGAGGAAAGCGUGCUGAAACGUGACGUUGUUAAGCUCAGUGUACUGGCAUUGCAUUUACUUAACAAGUGUUGCCAUUUGAAAGACCCUGAAUCGAAGGAGGAAGCUAACAGUAAUUUUCAGUUACUCGUAAACUACUUGCUGAACGAUGCUAGACUCAUUCCAAAAGGUUUGCAGAAAUGCGUGACAUGGAAGUAUGAGUACGUCAAGCGAAUCUUUAGCGAUGCCAUUCAGGUGUGCAUCGAUGGAUCGGAUCCUCUGAUGAAGUGGAUGUGGUCACAUGAAGAGGGCACGUGCACGUUCCGGAGAGUGUCAGCGGGUCGGUACCGAAGCGAGUUUAUUGAGCAGUGCCUUCUGGGAUCUGGUGGGUUCGCUCCUGUAUACGUCUGUCGGAAGAAGGUUGAUGGUCGUCUGUAUGCUGUGAAGAAAAUAGCGAUAAGGAAAAAUGAGGCAGAGAAGGCCCUGCGCGAGGUUCAGAGUUUGGCCGCUCUCAGCCACAAACACAUCGUCCGGUACUACGAUGCAUGGAUCGAGCCGGGGUGCGACGAUGAGUUGUUGGACUACGUUCUCGACGGCGAUGAAGAGGUUGAGGACGAUUGUGUCGAUGGUGAUGGAUCUACCACUCACAGCUACGACUCAAACCGCCGGUCUACUAUCGGUGGUAGCAUUAGGGUCGGCGGCGCCUCCGACUAUGGUGAGGGUGGCGGGGAGACAACAAACACAACAUGCUACUCCUGCUCUUCCUCUGCGGAAGAUGAUGAUGGUGAGGAGAGCAACCUGUUGUAUGACUUACAGAGCCCAAUGCACUCCCACAAGGAGGAGGAAUUUUCUACACUUUACAUUCAAAUGGAAUUGUGUUCCAAACAUAGCCUGCGGCAUCUGAUCGAUCAGUGCGACAAAGAGGAAGGUAGUUUGCUUACUGCAGGGAACGGGGACAAGGUGGCAACGAAAAUAUUUCGUCAGUUGCUGACGGUCGUGUCUCACUUUCACAGGCAAGGCAUAGUCCACCGUGAUCUUAAGCCGGACAACAUCCUGUUCGAGAUGCAGAGCUCCGUGAGCAGCGAUGACGUUGGUACCAUUCGCGUGGCAGAUUUUGGGUUAGCGCGGACACUACACCGAUCGAUGAAGCAUAGCCCAAGUAAUGUGGAAUUGAAUGAUGUGCGACCACUGGAUGAACUUGAAGUGGGUCCUUCUCCGACAGGCAACCUGGGAUCCGUUGUUUACUGCGCACCGGAACAAGAGCGGGGUGAGAGUUAUGACUUCAGUGUGGAUGAAUACAGCUUGGGUAUGAUAGCGCUUGAGAUGUGGUUGGCUGUUGCCGGACAGGGAUUCAGGGAAAGGUUCAACAUAAUGACGGAUAUUAGUCGUGGAAAACCGAUUCCUCAAUGGUUUUACGCCUGGAAUCCGAGAAUGGCUGAGGUGAUUGCAAGUCUCCUGGAGCGGGAUCCGGGAAAACGGAGAACGUCGGAGGAAAUAUUAAAUAAGGCUGACCUUCCCGGCGAUCCCGCAGACGUGGUUGAAGCUCUAGAAACAAUAAAAAGACACGGUGAACGCUUUUCUGGUCGCGUACUUCACUGCGUGAAGCAGGCAUCAGUGAAACAGCACUGCAAACCCCCACCGCAGGUAAAGGAUGCCGUUAAGGCACUUACCCAUACAGUUACACUUGAUCUUAUCCAAGCAGUGAAUAUUAUAGGAAUGCUUCAUGGCGCUAUGCCCUUGGCAUCCGUUGACCCUUUGGUCCCCCUGAACACCCUCCUGAGCGAACAGGACGUAUCGUGUCUGAUCGACAUGAACUCCAAUGUGUGGGCGUUCCCUAACCAGCCGCAGCUUGCUACCGCAUACCACCUCACUCUACUCACAAAUCACCAUAUUGGAUCUUUCUAUCAUUUUCAUUACAGGUCCCGGCCGUAUGCCGUAUUCACCACUCCGUCGAGUGCCCCUGGAAUAGUUGAUGAAAUGUUCCUUGAUCCCCUGCUUUCGUUCUUCCACCUCCUGUCGGUGGCUGAAUUGAAGUCCAAACUGGAGAUUAUUGUAUCCCACGCUGAUUGGCUAGCUGCGACUCAUUCAAGAACAGUCGGUUCCGUUGAGUCGUUAGAUCACUUGGGUGACCUAUGUGAGUCCAUUGAACCGGGAAAAAGCAUUGGGCCCAUUCUUGAUAAAGUUGACAGCACUCUCUCUGAUGGCAACCACAUCGUCUCUUCGCAUGACCGGUUAGAAGCAUUGAAGACUUUUACCUUGAGGAUAACGGAGGCCCUGCAGUUAUUUGGGAAACAGGUGGCAUCGAACGUUCGUGUUUGCAUCGACCCAAGGCUGAAGCCCGCCGAAACGUCCGUUGAUAGGUCGUUCAUUGACUACGGGGUUUUCUUCGAGUGCCGUACGCAUGAGAGGGGCCACGCCAUCGCCUUUUGCUGCGGUGUUGAAAAUUUUACAAGUAAAUGUGGGGCCCGAAAUGCCGACGUGCAAGCCGUCUGCUUGAGUGUUGAUCUUUUCGCACUUGGUGAGGUGUGUGAACAUGUUCGGUUCCCACAAACAGAUGGACUGCUUCUCAGCGGCGUUGCGGUUCGGCCUCAGGACGUUUACUCGCCAGGUCAGAAGUAUUCCGCUCUUACUGUCUCUGCAAAUCUGUGGCUGGAUAAUAUACGUGCAUGUUUUCGCAUCGACCAAGAUGUACGCGGGUUCCGGAAGGCUAUGAAGGCAAGGGGAAUACAAACCCUUUUUCAAGUUGGAAGUCAGUCAGCGUCUAUAUCGUUGUUCCACGAGACAAAAAUGAACAUUCAGUCCGUGGAUAUUACCUCCCGGGAAGUCUGCAGGGUUGUGCGUAGGCAUUGUAGCUUUGAACGCGCUGACGACCCCGUCCUCUACUUGAAGGACAGUGAAAAACGUGUUCGUGCCGAGGAAGUAAAAAAACUUUUCGCGGUGAUCAAACGGUCACUCUUUCACAUAUUGGUAGUGGAUGCUGAAGCGAAGAAGGUAGCAGAGUGCGUUCGGCUGUAUUCAGGGGAGGUGCCUUUCCCUGCAGCUGACGGGGAGCGCUCCACUACCCCCGAGUUGGUCGAGUGGCUCAAGAACAGUAUGUCAACGUACGGCGUACUCCCCAUAUUUUCGGUUCCUGACAAGACGGUAACAUUUGCUGUUGACCAAAAGCUAUUGAGGACUGCUUCGAAUGUGGAGCAGAAACAAUACAAGGCGGCCAACCGGGGGGACAACGUACGGAGAAAGAAGUAA